UUUGUACUAAUAAUACGAAAACAAACAGAGAGAGUGUUUCUUUCCCUUUUCUUUUCUUUUUUUUUUCUGGUGUUUCAUUUCAAUGUAUGUGAAACAACCUGAGAGACAUGGCAGAGCUCUGUGAUUUGCAAGUCCAUGUAAAUAGUCAUCACACAUUCUUUGUGAAUGAGGACAUCAUUUCGAAAUUCUCGGGAAAGUUGAGGAGGAUCAUAAAGCAAGAAAAGAGAAGAAUCCAGAUCAGGAAUUCGGGCAUCGAAAUAGUCGAUUUCCCCGGAGGCCCGUACGGGUUCGAACUGGCAUCAAGAUUCUGUUACAACCGUGGAAGAAUCACAAUCACGGUAUCAAAUGUAGCUCUCCUCCAUUGCAGUGCUCUGUUUCUUGGAAUGACGCAGAAAAAUGGAGCCUCCCCAAACCUCUUUGAGAAAACAGAGGAUUUUCUCCAAGGCAUGUUUUAUUGGUCUUGGAAUGACGUAAUCACUUGCCUCAAGAGCUGUGAAUCGUUCUUUUCCUAUGCGGAAUCUUCCCCAUCUGAUCUCAUUCAAAAGAUCAUGAAUUCUCUCUUAGCCAAAAUUGCUCAAAACUCUGAUGUAAAUUUGAUCACUUCAUCAUCUUCUUCUUCAUCUUCCCCAGAUACCCCUGCAUCUGGUAUCACCAGAUCAAACUCAAACUCAAGCAAGAAAACAUGGUGGUUUAAUGACUUGACCAUUUUACCCCCACAAAUCAUAGAAAGCUUAGUCAAGACACUAGGGGGCUAUGGGAGUGACAACAACAGCCUGGUCCUCACAAGAUUCCUCCUCCACUACCUGAAAUCAUCACCGGUUAAGAAAACCAAGAAGAAAUCAUCAAGUUCUGGUGAUGGGUAUUUUGGGAAUAUUGCAGAUACAGCUGUCCAUGGGGUGAUUAGGAUGGGAAAAUCCUCAUUUACAUGCAGAGGGCUGCUUUCAGUUCUGAGGGUUGUUUCUGGUUUUGGGCUGAGUAGAGAGUGCAGGUUUGGGCUUGAGAGGUUGAUUGGUGGGACACUUGAUGAAGCCACACUUGAUGACUUGUUGGUUUCUUCUUCUUGUGGGGUUGGGGGAGGGGGUGUGGUCUAUGAUGUGAAUCUUGUGGUGAGGUUAAUUAGGGUUUUUGUCCAUGAGAAUAAUAAUAAUAAGGAAGUGGUGAAGAUGAAGAAGGUGGGGAGGUUGGUUGACAAGUACUUGGGGGAGAUAGCACCUGAUCACAAUUUGAAGAUUGCAAAGUUUCUUGGAGUUGCUGAGAGUUUGCCUGAUUUUGCUAGGGAUUGCUUUGAUGGAGUUUACAGAGCUAUUGAUACCUAUCUCCAGUCUCACCCAACACUUUCACUAGACGAGAGAUCAAGAAUAUGCAGAUGUCUUAAUUACGAGAAGCUAAGCCUGGAAGCAUGUAAAGACCUCGCCAGAAACCCCAGAAUUCCUCCUCGGAUCGCCGUGCAAGCACUGGCUUCCCAGCACCCCCUUAUAAUUACCAAUUUACCCCCCACGAAAACAGAUUUUGAUCAAAAUUACUACUACUACGAAACUACUCCUACAGUCUCGCCAUUGAUUAGCAACAGUAUCCAUGAGGAGGUGGUGUACAAAAGGGUAAAUUCCUACCUAGAAGAAGGGGAGGAGGAGGAUAAUAAGAAAGAAGAAGAUAUGAAACGAAAUCUGCAGAGGAUGCAGUGGAGAGGUGAGAGAGAGUGUAGAGAGAUGAAGGGUAAGAUGACUAGGAUUGUCAAGAAUACUACUACUGACCCUCCUCGUGUUUCUUAUAAUUACAGAGGACUCCCCAGACUCUGCUGAUCUCUCUCUCCCCCCCUCCUCUCUUUUUUUUUAAACUGUAAAAGAUUGGUUUUCUAUUGUUUGUUUUUAUUUUUGUAGUUAGAGUUGUGAUUUGAUUGUACUUUUUUGAUAAGGUGAUAAUGUUGUACUUUUUAUUUUAUUUUAUUUUUAUGUGAACACUCAAAUUUUUAUAGUCCACAAAA